UUUUGGGAUAGUAGACUAACUCAAAUUGACAUUGAUUCAAUUUUACCACAACAAACGCAUCCUACGCAAAUAUGGUAGGACUCUGUCUACUACAUUUCCAGUGGUUCAAUGCGCGGCUCUGUAGGGUUUGCCUGACAGGCUCAGAUAUUUGGUGGGCAGUAGCCUAUGCGUGAAGGUGGCGGGCUGCCUGCUUUUGCGAUCCUCUGUCUGGAGUUUCCACCCCAAUAAGACAGAUGCAUUUCGGAGUUGAUGAGCCCGUUCGGGAAUGUCAGUACAGUCAGGUCUGCACGCGAAAUUCAUCGCCUAUGGAGACGCCACAUAAGAAGAUGUACACGCGAAAGUGGCGAGUAUUCCCUGGACGGAACAAGUUCUACUGCGAUGGGAGGAUAAUGAUGGCAAAGCAGACUGGUGUCUUUUACCUCACCAUGGUUCUCAUCAUGGUCACCAGUGGACUCUUCUUCGCAUUUGACUGUCCGUUCCUGGCGUCGAAUCUGACCCCUGCCAUCCCGGCCAUAGGAGGGGUUCUGUUCUUCUUCGUGAUGGGCAUGCUGCUGAGGGCGAGCUUCAGCGACCCUGGCGUGCUUCCUCGGGCCACGCCAGAUGAGGCGGCAGACCUGGAGAGACAGAUAGAUGCGACGAACGGGCCCAGUGGGCCAGGGUACCGGCCUCCCCCCAGGACCAGGGAGGUGGUCAUUAACGGACAGACGGUGAAGCUCAAGUACUGCUUUACCUGCAAGAUCUUCAGGCCCCCAAGAGCCUCCCACUGCAGCCUGUGUGACAACUGUGUGGAUCGGUUUGACCACCACUGUCCGUGGGUGGGCAACUGUGUGGGCCGACGGAACUACCGCUUCUUCUACCUCUUUAUCCUCUCGCUCUCCUUCCUCACUGUCUUCAUCUUCGCCUUCGUCAUCACCCACGUCAUCCUCCGAUCCAAUCGCACGGGCUUCCUGAGUGCACUCAAAGACAGUCCUGCCAGUGUGCUGGAGGUGGUGGUGUGCUUCUUCUCCGUCUGGUCUAUUGUGGGCCUCUCAGGCUUCCAUACAUAUCUCAUCAGUUCCAACCAGACCACCAAUGAGGAUAUAAAGGGCUCGUGGUCGACCAAGCGAGGGAAGGACAACUACAACCCUUACAGCUACGGCAACAUCCUCACCAACUGCUGCGCUGCCCUCUGUGGCCCACUGCCACCAAGUUUGAUUGACAGGAGAGGCUUCCUCCAGCCCGAUACCCCACAGCCUGUCUGUCACUCCAACGGGACCAGCAUAUACACCCCCACCCAGCUUCAUGCUCACAUGUGUGACCAGCACCAGUGCAUUCAGAGCACCAAAUUCGUUUUGCAGGCUGCCGCCACGCCGCUGCUCCACACCGACUCCGUCAUCCUGCCGGCCGCGGCGGUGGGCCACGCGCUCCCGGGGAAGAGCUCGCUGGUGGGGCCCUGCGCCUCGCUGGGCCCGGGUGGACAGCCCCCGCCGUCGUCGUCGCUGGCCUCGCUGCCCUCGUCCAUGCCCGGCCUGACGUGCGCGGGCGAGCUGCUGGCUCUGCGGAGCGACGCGGACCCGCACUGCCGCCACCACCACUUGGCCAGCCCCGAGGAGACGCCCUCGCCGCCGUCGCCGCCUCCGCACUCCGCCCUGGUGGUGGCCGCCAUGCCAUGUCCGGCGCACGGCCCGCACCCGCACCCGCCGCACCUCCACCCCGCCCAGCUCUACAACCCCGCCAGCCAGGACUCCCUGCACGAGGACUCGGUCAGAGGCCUGGUCAAGCUCAGCUCGGUGUGAGCCGGACACCCUGACCCCCCCCCCCCCCCCCUCCUCUCUCUUGCACUACAUUACCCAGACGGAUGAAGCCAAGCUAGACAGCCUAAAGGACCCGCCCUGACUCUCCUAGAUUUACCGAGUCGCUUCCCGUGGUGAAUUACAGUGCGACUGGGCCAAGCACUGACCACUAUAGAGGUCUGCACCGGUCCUCCUCCUCCUGCUCCUCCUCCAGCUCCUUCUCCACACAGCAGUGCCAAGCUGUCACCUCAACUUAUAUUAGGGUGCUCUGUGGACUCGUUGCUAAAAGGCCUGUUUUGUGGAGGUUCCCAUCAGCAUAUGGAUGAGCUGGACACACACUCACCUCACUACGUGUCCUCUGUGACCAAGCCCUCUCAUAUCGUGACACUCAGUAUUCUGCACACAUCUCCUCUGAUUGUUGUGGUCAUUGGAAAAUGGCCAUUAGAAGGUGAACUCUGAAGGUUAUCUUCUUACAUCGAAAAUGCCUGAUAAAGAGUUUGUGUGUGUGUGUGUAGGGGUGUGUAUGUGGUUUUUUUUUUACUAAAAGCAGGACUUGAAUGCCUCAAUUGGAUGCUGAAGACUGAUGGUCCACUGCCUUUUUGUAUGAUCUCAGAUGUCCAGUAGUCUCCUGCUGACCCUGAGCAGUUAAGCAAUGUUAAUCAACUCACUUAAAGCAUCACAAUGUACAAGAUGUUACAUUAUUGGUAGAAUGUGAUGAUGCCAAAUCAGGCAGUCGUGCCCGAGUGCCAGGUGGUGAUGUGCCAAGGACUAUUCAGAUUUCUGAACUGUGUUAGUGAUUUCAAGUGGAUAUUAUUAAAUUUACAACUUUUUAUGUGCAA